UUUGAACCCAGUAGCCCGGGGUAUGACACGUAUCCUAAGUCUAAACGGAACAAUGAUGAAAUGAUCGAUCUACGACGGAACCAGGAGGAUCUUCAGCUGAGUUGUACGGGGAAAGAAUUUCACUUUGGUGAGAGAGCCACUGCCCCAGCUAAACCUAAACGUGAUUGGUCUUCUCUCAGCCAGGAAUAUACUACAGAGGAUAAUCAGGAACAAUUUGACCCCGAGAGUGUAAAGAAUCAUCUACGUGAGUUUAUCAGUUCUCGUGAGCUGCUGGCAACUCCUAAACUAUCAGCUCAUCAGCUGACCGCCUCCUCCCCUCAGCUCACUUCUCUUCAUAGACGACAAAGCAGCCAGGAGUCCGUUGGAUCACACAGGAGGCAGAGCAGCUUUGAGAAGGAGACUGGCAGGAGGCAGGGGAGCCAGGAGGGAAUCCACAGGAGGCAGGGGAGCCAGGAGGGGAUCCACUGGAGGCAGGGGAGUCAGGAAGGGAUAUCCUAUUCCACUCCUGACCAUAGAAGACAGGGAAGUCAGGAGAAAGAUGGGUUUCUUGAACUUCAAAUGGCUAAAUUAAUGGCUAGGAAGGGAAUGGAUGAAAUUGAUUCAGGCAUGGUUCGAUCUAAAUCUGGAGAAAUACCUAGAAUUGAUACUCCGAAUCUACACAGAUCUGUAUCAGGAGAUUUGAAUUCCCGUGGUUCUGUUCCUAUGCUACUUGAUGAUGAUACUCGUCAGAUGCUACGGGAUUGCCAGGAGUACCUCCAGGGGGCUCUGGAGGAGGGGGUGGAGCACCACAACAAGAUGGGGGCGGGCAAUCAGAUAUAUUCAGACAACGGUGAAGUUGGGAAUAGAUGUUUGUCAGCAGAACACAGUCCUAUUAGUGGUAAACCAGGCAAUGGUAGAUCUGUACACUCUAGUCCGGGAAACAGUUAUAACAAGUACCUUGCCCGGUCGACCUCAUCUAACCUGGGCACUAGCCCUGGUCGGGCACUGCCCGGGGCAUCUAGUCCGGUCACAGCCUUUCAUAGCCCUCAGAGUUCUAGUCCAGGAAAUAAGAUGUCCUCGUCCUCUAAACCUCUGUCUCGUCAUAGCUCCGGGCAUCAGGAGGACAAUGAGGACGGGAGGGGAGGACAGGGAGAACCUCCGCAAUAUGAAAAUGUAGAAAACAGAGGACAGUAUUGUCAGGUAACUGUUGAUGCACGAGAAAAGAUUUCAGCAGCUGUCAAAAUGCGCAAUCGAGAACGGAGAAACUCAUUUCGACAAGCUGUUGACCGUGUCGACAAACAUGGUCGUCCCUAUGAACCAAUUUGGUUCGGCGACGAACGGGACGAUAGUGAGGAAAGUCCUCGCCUUGAAGAUAAUACUCCAGACACCCGAACCCGGGGAAUUGAUACUAGACUACUCUCAAAUGGUCCUGUGUACGCCAAUGCAAAGUUUAAACCAAAGGAGGAGAAAGAUCUGGAAAAGCCGGAAACGCGACAGACAAAUAUCCGGUCAGGCAGCUAUGACAAUAUCCGGUUGCCAGAUACCGGAUACGGAAACGUACCAUUCUCCACGCGGGAAGACGAUUAUAGUUGUGUUAGGUUUGGGGCGGAAGCUGAAGACGGAUACGGCACUCACCGCCUUCUAGUCGAGGGUGGCGGAGAGGCGGGUUAUGAACCGGUGAAUUUUCAUCAAUCUGGCGGCGGUAGCGCGGGAUCAUCAAAGAAGAACUCAAUUGAUAAGAACCGGUCGCAGGAUGGUCAAACAGGAUUGUCGUCGUCUCUUCUUGUCGCUGAAGCAUGUCGGGAUUAUGAAAGAGGGUCCUCUCAGCCCCCGGGCCCACAGCAUCAGGAGCAGCAGCAGAAAAAACCGGUUUUACAAAAGCAGAACUCGGGUAGCGGUGGUGUCAGAUUGCCGCCACCAUAUCAGGCUCCACCAGGGGCGUAUCAGCCUUCGUCACAGGGGGGAUAUCAAGGACAGAAGGCGUAUACUGGGCAAUCGGGCGGGUCUGGCGGACACGCCCAUCAACAACAGCCUAUCCCACCUAGUUCUACAUCGCCAAAUCAAGAGGUCUCAGAACGUACACCUCGACGCCAUGGACCUCAUAUAUCUACACCAACACGAUAUAUACAACGCCCACCCUUCAACAAGGACACGCCUUUUAAUAACCCUGCCUUUAAACAUCAGAGCUACUCAGCUUCGGCUAUCAGGACUCCGGCUCCGCCCUCUUCUGCUGCUAGUCUUUCAGCCUCCAUACCGGAUGUACGUCCACCAACGGAGAGCGCUCAUUUAUCCAAUCAUAAUUUUCAGAACGCGGCAGUUACGCGCAGAAAUCCGCGAGAAACAAUCCGAGGAGUGCGGGACGACUCCGAGCUACCCAACAGGACAAGAGACGAACAUAGUCAUGUUCGUCACAUGAAGCGUAAUAGCUCGCUUGUGACGAUGGCUCGGCUUGGAUUAGCGGCCGGGCAGCAGGACUUCAUUCCCCAGCCAGGAUUAUUUUUGAAGGGGGAUGGAACACGUUCGGGACCUUCCCUGAUAGUCCAAGGGUCCAGGACCGCGGUCCAUGUUGGAGGAGGUCCUGUGGGACCUCCUGGAAGAUCAGGGACCACCCCUCCAAAGAGAUCCGCAGGGACCAACCCCCCUGGAGUAGAUAUAGAUAGAGUUGCUGCCAUGCUCAAUACCAAUGAUAAAGAAGGACCGGCCCUGGCACAAAUGGCCGCUCUUCAAGGGCGCACAUUUGGAAGAUCUCUGGCCGGGGUGUUGUCAGGGGCAGCAGCAAACCUCAAGUCUAGACUGGUAGGGAUACAGGGGAUAUCUGAUACUAGGGUUAGAGCCUCGCCUUCACCCCCACUCAGGGGCGAGGAACAGGAUUCUGAAGAUAGAGACGCAUCUUCCUCCAGGAUACCUGCUACUCUACCUGGUCAAGAGUUUGGAUUUCCAGUCCGGAUAAAGUCGAAACCCUUGGGACCGCGUGAAACACCGCCAACCUUUCAGAAGAAACAAGAGUAUUUAUAGUGGCGCCUAGAACAUUUUUAGUGGCGCAACGAAUAUUUUUAGUGGCCCCAGUAUUUUUGUGGGGG